UCGCGUCCCGCCCAGGGAGAGGAUAAAAGGGCCGCUCCGGUUGCGUCAGGAGGAUUGUUCCGUUUUACUGCUUGCCCAGCCUCGCUUUGUCAGCGCUUCUAGCCACCAUGUCCGGCCGCGGAAAACAGGGGGGCAAGGUCCGAGCCAAGGCCAAGUCGCGCUCGUCGCGGGCCGGGCUGCAGUUCCCCGUCGGCCGUGUCCAUCGGCUUCUCCGGAAAGGUAACUACGCGGAGCGGGUGGGCGCAGGAGCUCCCGUCUACAUGGCGGCCGUGCUGGAGUACCUGACGGCCGAGAUCCUGGAGCUGGCGGGCAACGCGGCCCGCGACAACAAGAAGACGCGCAUCAUCCCCCGCCACCUGCAGCUCGCCAUCCGCAACGACGAGGAGCUCAACAAGCUGCUGGGCAAGGUGACGAUCGCGCAGGGCGGCGUGCUGCCCAACAUCCAGGCUGUGCUGCUGCCCAAGAAGACGGAGAGUCACAAAGCCAAGAGCAAGUAAAUUUGGCGAGCAAAGCCACUCAGACUUUGCACGACAUAACAUUUUAAACAAAAGGCUCUUUUCAGAGCCACCCACGUAGUCAGAAAAGAGUUGUUUUGCUUUCUUUAAAAAGGUGCUCUGGCGCUGAGUCUUUAAUAGUACUCAAUUUAACUCAAACUUGUGUUUCAGUCUUUUAAAACUUUGUUUCUACUGAAGAGGGCUGAUAUAUUUGCUUUCUAACCCAUGUUUCUAAAUCAAUGUUAAAAUUUUGUAAUUGUUUCAUUUGUUCAUUGUUACAUUCAGUAAAGAACUUCAGGAUUCUGCUC